UAAACAAAAAGAGCUGUGGAGGCUCUGGGUCCGGGAUGUGACCCCGGCUCAAGCUGCAGCGGGAGCGUCGGCGGUUGCAGCUGCGGCGGUGGCUUCGGAGCCUCCGGGGUCUUUGCAGGUUGAGGAAGAGGACCCCGAGCCUCUCCUUCCUCAGGUCUUAAGAAGCUGGCCUUAGUGCAAUAAGGAACUCAGAAUAAUGGAGGAGCGGAAAGUGAAGAGGAGGAGUCCUAAGUCUUUUAGUGCCCACUCUACUCAGGUUGUUAAUGCCAAAAAAAAUGCCAUUCCAGUUAGUAAAAGCACAGGGUUUUCAAAUCCUGCAUCACAGUCAACUUCACAGCGACCAAAGUUAAAAAGAGUGAUGAAAGAAAAGACCAGACCUCAGGGUGGAGAAGGAAAAGGUGCACAACCAGCUCCCAUUCAGCACUCUUUCCUCACUGAUGUCUCAGAUGUUCAGGAGAUGGAGAGAGGGCUUCUCAGCCUUUUGAAUGAUUUCCACUCGGGAAAACUUCAAGCAUUCGGAAAUGAAUGUUCCAUUGAACAGAUGGAACAUGUUCGGGGAAUGCAGGAGAAAUUAGCUCGCUUGAAUUUGGAGCUCUACGGGGAGUUAGAGGAACUUCCUGAGGAUAAGAGAAAAACAGCCAGUGACUCCAAUCUGGACAGGCUUCUGUCUGACUUAGAAGAACUGAAUUCUUCCAUAAGUACUCAUUACAGAAUGAAAAUCUUCUUAACCAGUGAACUCAGACAAAAACUACAUUUGGCAGAUGCACAAGAUGUUCCAAAUACUUCUACCAGCUAACAUGACAUGCAGUCGCUUUCUUGUGGCUUGAAGACAAGCAGCGUUCUUUACUUUUCCAGCUGAAUCCAGUAGCAGAAUCAUCUUCCACAAUAAGGAAUAAAGUAAUUAAAGUGCCAGUACAAUGAUUGUUUUCACUCCUGCUUUUAGUGAACUUGACUUGCCCUCAUUCGCUGUAACUGGAGCCUAGGCCUUGUUGAAGGCUCAGUCAGGAAAUGUGACACGGAGGUGUGCUGCUGUGCUUUCUACUGUUGCCUUACGGGGGUUAUACUUGAAAUGCAUUGUGCAGAAUGUUAUUAAUAGGGCUGAAGGUUUAUCCUUCCUGAGCUCACCACACUUACUCCCAUGUUGAGAAGUUGGUGACGCACAGGCUUUUUGUGGCAGCCCCGCUUCAGUUUACGUUAGACAAUCAGUACACACACUGGUGUGUUUUCCAGUGGCCAGUGCCAACAAAAUGGUAAAUGAGUAUCUGUGAAAUUUGCUAUUUUUAAUAAAGUGAUUGUUUUAAAUUA